ACGCCAAGUCUCUGCUGGGUCUGUGGGCGGAGGUGCGUGGCGAUCCUCUGAGCUGCCGGGGAGAGUGUGACGCAGAUCCCCAAAGUGUACUCAAGUUGAUGCUUUUGAAUUUCGUGUUACUUUCUUUCUAUUAGGAUUAUUGAGGUCAUCUGCACCUUCUGACUGGAAAAAAGAUGGUCAACGUCUUGAAAGGAGUGCUUAUAGAAUGCGAUCCUGCCAUGAAGCAGUUUCUACUGUACUUGGAUGAGUCCAAUGCCCUGGGGAAGAAGUUCAUCAUUCAAGAUAUCGAUGACACUCAUGUCUUCGUAAUAGCAGAGUUGGUUAAUGUCCUCCAGGAGCGAGUAGGUGAAUUAAUGGACCAAAAUGCUUUUUCUCUUACCCAGAAAUAAAAUAUCAGAUAUUGACUGCUUAGGAAUUGUAAGGAACAAAUAGGAAAGACUGUCCCCAUUCGGUGGCGUAUGUAGCUGAGGAGCAUGCUGUGGGAAAGACUAUAAUCAUUUGUUCAGACAAAAACCCAGAACUGAUUUUUGUUGUACUUCAGAAUUAAAAGUAAAAAAAAAAAGACCUUUAACAAUUGGCUGUAAUUUGGCUUUUAUUAUCCUUUAACAAAAUAAAAACAAAUGUUUUUCCUA